CGGCGAGGGGUGGAAACAUUGACGUCACCUCGGUGGAGCAGCUGUUUAGCCGACGACACUGGAGAGACUAUACCAAUCCAGCCGUAGGGGGGUUCGUCGCAAACCAUGAGCUGCACUGAACUGCGUAUAUGUUAAUCCUUUAUUACUGUGUGAUAUUACAUACAUUCCCAGCACACAUAAAGCCGAAUUCUCUGCCCCGUGUAUAAAGACGGGGAGAUUAUAGCUGGAAACGCGGGCCGCCCUCCCCCCUCCGGAGAAGAGGUGAGGUUACCCAGCCUCAGUGGCAGGACUUGUUUUUCUUUCGCUGUGAUCACAUAUCCCUCCGCCAGGGUCGGAGCUCCCGGAAGAGGGCUGCUUGUUGGUGUUCCGCCGCCGCCGGGUUCGUUCUGUUUUUUUAGUGUUUCCCGGGGUGACCGCCGUGACAUCCUGUGUGGAACAUUCUAGAUAUUCGACCGCGGCCUCCUCCUUCUCCCUCCUUUGUCUCUACAGUCCGGCUUCCGGUAACAAAUGUCAACCCCGGCCAGACGGCGCCUCAUGAGGGACUUUAAGAGGCUACAGGAGGAUCCCCCCGCCGGAGUCAGCGGAGCCCCAUCCGAGAACAACAUCAUGGUGUGGAAUGCCGUCAUCUUCGGGCCAGAGGGAACGCCAUUUGAAGAUGGAACAUUUAAACUCACAAUAGAAUUUACAGAAGAAUAUCCUAAUAAACCACCUACAGUUCGUUUUGUAUCUAAAAUGUUUCACCCCAAUGUGUAUGCUGAUGGCAGUAUAUGUUUGGACAUUCUUCAGAAUCGUUGGAGUCCAACUUAUGAUGUUUCUUCUAUUUUAACCUCUAUACAGUCGCUACUGGAUGAACCAAAUCCAAACAGUCCAGCGAACAGCCAGGCAGCACAGCUGUACCAGGAAAACAAGCGAGAAUAUGAGAAAAGAGUUUCUGCAAUAGUGGAACAAAGCUGGCGUGACUGUUGACCCUUGCCCUUGUAUAUGAACACUGACCAUGCGGAAAAUAUAUAUCAAGUGUUUGGGUGAUCUUCCUCUUGCUAGAACCUUUACAUUUACAUCGACCGCAAAUGGCUGUUGUACUGUCACCACCUUCCUUUGGCCCCCAGCUGAUGCUUGCCCCCCACCUUUUGGACACCUGAAAGCAUUUGUGUUAAAAUCAAAUGUACCAUAUGUGGGUUACUUGCAAAACUUUUCCUUUUUAUUCCUUCUGGUCCACAAUUGUUCACUGUUUGUAGGUUAUGAGAAGGUCCUCUGCAGUCUACUUGAAGAGCAAUGGAUAGACAGGGUGUAUCCAUACAAACAUUUAAGGACAUCAAGUUAGCAAUGCUGGUGAUUGGCAUAGAAAAUGUUAAGUUUUAUUUUGAGUUGUUUUACAGGAUGUUUUUGGCAGGUUAGGUUAACAAAAAAUAGUUGUUCAGAUAUAAAGUGGAAAUUCCACCUUUGGUCUUGAAUAGCAUGGGAAAUGGCAAGAAUCUCUCAGAUUUUUAUUGCUCUCUGUUAUGCGGCUAUAUUUACUCUCACUUUCUGCACCGAUGAUUCUUGAGGGUGGAAUACACAAAAUUUUUGUAUUACAACAGGAGAUGUGUGGAAAAUGUAUACAAGAGACACAUUCCUGUCCCUCUCCCUAUAGGGAGAAUUUCUCUGGUCUUUUCGCGACAGGAAGUGAGGGUGAAACGUACCAAGGGGGUACAUGCAAAAAUAAAAAGCUGAGGGGUUCUAAUCAUCUAACCAGAUUGGGUUUUGAUGCAUUUACCAGACCAAAAAACUCUGUGAGAAAGAUGGUUCUGCUCAAGUUUACUAUGGUAUGUUGAUGGCAAGAAAGAAUGGUAUCUCUUUAUUGUACUGGAAGUUUCACCUGAAUUAUGGGACACGUUUUAUUUCAGCCAAUCAUUAGACUAAUCUAAAAAAAAAAAUUGCUUUCAAUUUAACUGACUUCUCUGUAUAAACAUAAUAUCUGAAUUGUGUGCUUUCUUUCUUUAAGGCCUCCUUUUAAGUUGUUUGGUUCCAUCUGCAUAGCUUACACUGCUUCAUUUUUGUACAAGUAACCCAUGUAAAACUGUACAUCAUCUAAACUUGUAAAUAAAAAGAAAAUAACCGA